CAGGUAGAGUAUAUAUUUUCUGAUAAAACAGGAACGUUGACAAGAAACUUGAUGGAGUUUUUUAAAUGUUCGAUUGGCGGGGAGAUAUAUGGAACUGGUAUUACUGAAAUAGAAAGAGGAAGAGCGGAACGGAGUGGAUUAAAAGUUGAUGAGGGUAAAAGUCCAACCACAGCAGUGCAUGAAAAGGGUUUCAACUUUGAUGACCCUAGGCUUAUGCACGGUGCUUGGAAAAAUGAGCGUGAUCCAGAGAUUUGCAAGGUAGACUAAAUUAAUGUAUCUUAAUCUAAAAAGUGUUUGUUUAAAGCUUUCUGUUUGUUAUUUUUUUUUUUCAAUCGUGCACCUUUAGGUAUUAUAUUUGCUUUCCCUCUAAGAUAUUUUUGUGACAUACGCUUUGUAGCAGGAAUCUUCUACUUAGGGUGCCAACU